AUCUCGAUACCGAAAAUUGCUCCAAUGCUCUCGGCCUCCGUCGCCCUCUCCGCCGGCUCUGCCGCGAUCACCGCGCCCGUCGCCGCCCCGGGGCGCGGCGCCGUCCGUGCCGCUGCGCCUGCGCUCAUGGACAAGUCUGGCCUCGAGGGCUUUGCUAAGGAGCUCAACCCCGUCGUCGGCUACUGGGACCCGCUCAACCUCUCUAACGGCGAGUUCUGGGGCGACUCGAACUCAGCGACGAUCGGCUUCCUGCGCGAGUCGGAGAUCAAGCACGGCCGCGUCGCGAUGGCCGGCUUUGUGGGCUACAUCGUGCAUGCCAACGACAUUCGCUUCCCGUGGGAUAAGGUUGCGAUGGCGGCGCCAAAGGGGCUCUCCCCGCAGGAGCUGUGGGACGUGACGCCGGAGGCGGCGAAAUGGCAGAUCAUCCUGACCAUCGCCUUCCUCGAGUUCUGGCGCGAGAACUCGUACAUCCUGAGCAAGGAGGGCGAGCAGCACUACAUGCGCGGCGGCAAGCCCGGCUACUUCCCCACCUUUUCCGAGCUGCCCCACCCGGUCUCUGGCCAACGUCGGCAUCCGGCCGUACGCGGGCGAGGUGAUGGCGCCGUUCGACGCCAACUUCCACCUCUUUUAGAGCGGACCCAGGUCAGCGGGGAGGGCGUGGCUCGCUGGGGCGGCGGCUCGCGCUGACCGCGCGCGCCCCUGCGCUGCCCCCCCCCUUUGUUGAUGACACCGGCGCGUAUCCUCUCUCUUGUGUGCAGUCUUGGCGCAUGUACCGAUCGCCGCUACGCGCGCGCUCGCGGGCGGGACGCCGUUGUACUCAACCUUGCUAGAGCGUCUCGCCACCUCUCCUGUGUCUCUCACUCCGCUCUCCACACACGCAGGCACAAAAAAUCGAGAGUCCCACACGCUCAAAACGUACGUACGCUAAU